AGAGAGAAGAGAUUUCUUUUUUCCAAGUCUCAAUCACACCCAUUGACAUAAAAGAAAUAGAGAAUGACAUCAGCACCUUGGUGGCGUAAGAUAUUCCUUUACUCUUCUCCUUUGAUUUAUAACUAAUUGGACAUCCAUAACCAAACAAAAGUGACUCUGCACAGCACACCAGGACACCUGAGAAACAUCCAUUUUGUGCAUCUGAAAGUGGGUGGGUUGGACCUCGAAGGAGACUGUGGAGCCGAGGGUGUCACGGCUGCUAUCGAGGCAAAUGUGGCAGUGGUGGCCUCUCUAGCCAAGGAGGUGGAAAGGUGUUUAGUGAAAAUCUGUCUGGCUCCCCCGGGUGCAGCUGGAGAGACCUGUUGCUCUCCAGCAGCACCUGUAUCUGUGAAGAGACCUCAGUGACCGGGAGGAGGGAAAGGAAAGGGAAGAAGGCAGACAAAGAGAAUAACGGAUCACAUUUCCUGCUGUCCACCCCAUGAUUUCAGCAAGAGGACAACCCACAGUCCCCUGGGACUCCCUACGGGCUCUAGACACAGCCAAAGCCCCAGUGCUAUGCAUAUAUCUCUCCCACGCUGCCACCACCUUCUUUUCAUGCCAUAUUUUUUAGGGUCACUCCCAACUUUAGUUGCAAGUCAGCUCCACUAAAAGAAACCAAAAAUUUGUGCUAAGAGCCAGCUUCUGGAAAACAAAAGAAAGAUUUCUAAUUGUCGAUCUGUUGAACUGUUGAAUCAAGGUAAACAAAGCCUUCCCUAAAUAAGAAAGGUGUUUGCCAUUUCAAAUGAGAUGGUAAAGGUGCAUUUUAACAUUAUCACACACUAGGAAAUUGCCCAGUAAUACGGCAUCACAAGAAGAAAACAAUUCUUCAGCAAAGCAAUCGAAAGACACAGAAUGCUGCAAUCUAACUGAUAAAGAAUUCAGAUGGCUGUUUUGAAGAAAUUCAGCGAGGUACAAGAUAACUCAGAAAGGCAAUUUAAUGAACUUAAGAAUAAAAUUAACUCUAUGGAAGCUGUUUCCCCAGCAGGAUGCAAACUUUGAUGUCUCCACUCAUUAAAAGAAAUUAAAAGUUGCAGUUUUAUAUUUACAUAUGGGCCUGCAUAGCAGCAUAGCUUAGUGGUCAGUCAAUAAUAGGUCAGAGUCUGUGCUUAAAUAAUUUAAGCUAGUAAGUUUUCCACCUUUUCACCCUUAUAAGACUGGAAAUGAAUUAGAAAGUUCACCAACCAUAAGAUUCAGUUUACUUGCCUUAAUUUAUUCACUUUAGUUGGAAUCUCAUAAUUUUUCUCUUCUAUUAACAUACUUUGUCUUCUAGAAAUGGCUUAUUUUUUAACAUUUAGAAAUCGUGGAAAAAGGCAGUCUGAAUAAUUAUAAGGUCAAGUGUCUGUCACAUUAAACUCUUAUUUUCUUAGCAGUAAUGAUUUCUUCGGUAAAAAGGGAUUGAAGCCUUCCUUGGAUUAAGUUUUUAUUUAAUGAAAGGUGACAAUAGGAAAGAUGAAACUAUGAACUCCAAAGCUACUAAGAGUUGUUCUAAGUGAGAAAUACAAUGUGGCCUUGCCUGGUGCAGUGGCUACGGGACAGGAGUGAGGGGAAGUGUGUUAGGAAGAGCUUGAGUUAUGUUCCAAACCAGAUAGUGUGUAGUGGUUGGUGGAGUCUAACAGAUAAGAAACUGGUCUAUAACCCUAUUGUCUAUGUUACUGCAUCCUAUAUUUGUUUCUUAGCUCAUCACCCUGUAAGAAAAAGUGAGGUACCAAACCCCACAGAGAACUAAUGAAUAUUUGGCUUGGGUUGGAGAAGAGAUUAAAGUGGGUUGUAGGAAGUUUUGUCCUGUUAGUGCUACCUCCUCACCCAGGUGCUGUCCAUGUGCUUGUCCCACGAGGUAUCAUUGGACACUGGAAACAUCACUUGACCAUGGAGCAAAAUGAAAGAUUUGACAGAAUUUUCCAAAGGAAGAUGAAAGAUUUUCCCUUGAAGUUCAUCUAGGAUAUAAACAAGGAGUAGAAUCAAUGUGAAAGAAUCAUAUAAAAAAAUCUGCUAACCAGGGAGCAUAUUUUAAUACACAUAUUAAUUUGUGCUGUUCAUACAAAUGUUAAUUAUACAAUUUUAUUACAAAACAAAGUGACUAAACUGUGCUUAGAUUAGUUGUCAUGAGUUUGAUGAACACAUUGAAAUUUUGAAAAUUAAAAUGAUUUGAGAGAUAGUUUGCAUUUGUAACCUAUAUGAUAAAGGGAUAGACAAAAAGCAUGCAACAUGAAUUGUAAAUGUAUGGAGAGAGUUUUCUGUAGUGUGUAUACUUUCUUUAUAUGCAAUUAAAUUUAGGAUCAAUCAAACAUUAAAAAUCCUUUUAUUCUUUUAUUUAAACCUUAAGUCUUUGGUUUAAAAUCAUUGUGAAUGUCAAAAUAGAGAAAUCUCGUGUAAACACAAUGCAUCUAUUAAUAAUUUACCAGAUCACAAAGUCUGAAGGGCAAUCAAAGGUUCAAAAAUGGAGUAAUUAUUUAAUGGUUCAAUUAUUUAACUAUUUGUUUGAAAAUAGUUUCGGUUGUGUAACCGAAAGUGGGGUCUGGCUGCUCGCUGCUCAAAAGCCAAUAAAGAGGCAAGGUUGGUGGAAAGGAAAUUUCCGAGGCCUGCAACCGGGGUGGGGGGAAUGUCUGUGCCAGGCCAACUGCCCCCCACUGACAAUCGGGGGCAAGACCUUUCUUUUAUAGACGGCGCGAGGUGGCUACAUGCAGAAACAGCACAGUCAGCUCUGACGUCAUCUUGAAAUCGGUCAUCGGUGGUCUGACCAGUGUCAUCUUGAUUGUUUUAAGUACAGUUAAUCUUCAGUUCCAAGAACACUAACCCUGAGAGAACAAAAAUAUUCUUCGGAGAAAACUUGAAGUUAACUCUUAUCAUGUCCUUGAAGUAAAAACACAGCCCACUUUGCCUGGGACUUCAGCCUUGGGUUAAUUAGAACUUCAAGCCAAGGGAGGAAAAAAGGUAAGAAAAAGAAGCCUUUUAAAAUCAAAUGUGUAAAUUUGACUAUUCUGUUAUUUGUAAACUGGUAUGUUUAAUUGCAAUGGCUGAUUCAUGAACUAUAAAAAGAUGAAACAAAGAGAUCUCUGUUUGUUUGGAUGUAUGUAUGUCUCAGUAUGUGUCUUUGUCUUUGGAUAAUAUUGCUGAGGUUAAUUUUAAAAUGAGCUUUAUUUAAUUGGCUUAAAGAAAGGUAAGUGCUUACAAAUGAAACAAAUCUAAAUUUACCUACUUUUAUCUUCUUGCAAGAGGGAAACUAAAGAUGUUUGUGUUUAUUAGACACAUGUCUUGUGCCACUUUGAGAAAAGAAAUUGUGCUUUGGGAAAAUGCAUGUUUUUAGAGGUUAUAGAAUAUGUUCUUAAAUUUGCAAAUCAGAGAAUGCCAAUAUGACAAACAAUUCACAAUUGCUUUCUUCUUAGUUCUCACUAGAGAACAAGGUGUUUUUUUUUUAAAGGUUAAACAUUAUAAUAUGUAAUUAAAACUACUAAAAUGAUAUAGGAAACAUUUCAAUGUGUAAUGCAAGUAGGAGAUACAUUGCCAGCGAGAGAAGAUAUAAAGACUGGAAAUAUUUUUGUUGAGGAAAAUAAUGAUGCCAAUAAUUUUGUCCUACAGUUGGCUCUUUCUGGAUGGAAAAAAUAAGGGACAAAUUAAUAUGAAUCCAGAAAGUGAUAAAAGGGUUGUGAAAAAGGCACUUUGAGAAAAGAAUUUUGUACAUCAUUAAGACUGAGCUCCUCAUUGUCAGACUUCUGCCAUUCUGGUGACCUUAUAGCAUGGAAACGAUCUACUCCUAAAUCAGGAAAUUUAAAAUGAAUAAAUAAUAACUGUAUAUUUUUUAAAAUCAGGGCUAUGGGAAGUCCAAGAUGGCCACUUGACUUUUCCUGGCUCCUGACAAACCUCAUUUUCUAUUCGGUGGAUUAAAGUUUUCCCUGGCUGCAGGGCUGAUAUCCUCACAAUGAAAAGGAAAAGGUUAGAAAAUGUGUUUCCCACUUGGAGUGUACUUUCUACAAUCUCCAGUGAUCAAGACAUCCACUUCACUGGACAAAUCAUACAAGCCUUAACAAAAACUUCAUGAACUUCUUGAAAUUAUCACUGUCACUAUCAUCCUCAAUCAUCAGCCAAGGUCAAUGAAACUAAUGGAAAAACUGGGCUCAAACAGAACAAAGAUUAAUUAUAUGGGAUUAAAUGAACUACUAAAUAUGACUAUUUUUAUGACUUGUCUGACACACUACUGGCUUCUAAUCUUUGUUUUUCAGAUAUAAAAAAGCACUUUUCCUCAAGCUACUCAUGAUUUACAACAAUUUGGUAAUUUACACUGUGGUUAAAAUUAACAUAUUUUUCUUUUCUUGCUGCCUGGUUCCUCCAGAAAUUGGAGACUCUUGGGUUCAGAGCAACCUUAUCAGGUGAAUGGAAAAAACUGUCUCUUGGCAUGUGCAGAAAUCUAGAUAUUCCGGUGACCUGGAAAAGAAACAAAUUUGACCAAUAUAUGUAUAUCACAGGCAGAAUCUGAAGGCAAGCCAUUGGCAUGGCUUUCCUGGCCUUGAAAGGCCUUUUAAAAGUUCAAUCUGAGAUUCCUAAUGAAAAGUUCCAGUGCAGCCAAUUUAAAAGAGCCUAUAUGAGCAAUUACAUUUAUAUGAAUAAUCAGGCCAUGUUUAUUGAAACCAGACUUAUUUUGAACAAAUCAGCCUUAAUUUAGCUGGAUUUAGUAAAAAUGAGGAUAAUCCAGAGAGAAAAAUUAUGUUUCAAUAAUAUACGUUUGUGGAUAUUGAAGUUUUGUAUUUACUGAGGCUUUGCAUUUAUUAUCUAAGUCCAAGAUGUCUCCUUGUUGCUAUGUUACAUUAUUAUAAAGUUUAAUUGAAUUAGUAAAAGAAUAUUCUAAGCUUGUUUCUAAAGCAGAUCACAGUAAUCUAUCUUUGGUUGAAGAUCAGAUGCCCUGUGACCUACAUCUAUCUAAGAGGCUAUGCAUACUGGAAAAGACAUCAUUUAAAGGACUGUCUCCAAACUAAAUAAAAGGACUCUUAUCAGAAGGGCCUCUGCAUUGGACUGUCUAUAGAAAAGACUGCUGACCCCAAAUGACACUCACAGCAGGAUGAGAAGGAGACAAUAGCAGUGGAAGACAGCUGACAUAAAAAUCUGGACCAGACCUAUUGAGCUAGCUGUUUACACCCUGGAACACUACUCAUUGGCCAAGACAAACUCUGCAGGGAAUAUUUCUUUCUCAACCACAAGUGGAUCGCUAUCAUCCUUAAAGUGAUAUCAGGAGUGGAUUUUGCUUCCUCAGUUUAUCUGUAACAGUGAAUAAUUAUGGACAACACAGACACAUAUUUAUUGAACUUUAAAGGCUGUUAUUUUCAACGUUCUUUAGUUGAUGUUGACCUUGUAGAACAUUUAGAUGAUUUUGAAAUUAGAGAUGAUGAUGUGUUUAUAAUUACAUAUCCAAAAUCUGGUACAAUCUGGACUCAGCAGAUAUUAAGCUUGAUUUAUUUUGAAGGACAUCGUAACAGAAGUGAACUGGUGAACACAUGUGAUAGAGUCCCCUUCCUGGAAUACAGUGCACAAAAAGUGGACCAUGUCAACAGACCAUCCCCUCGUCUCUUCACUUCCCACCUCCCAUAUUAUUUAGCACCGAAAGGUCUCAAGAACCGAAAAGCUAAAAUUGUUUACAUCUAUAGAAACCCCAAGGAUGUUUUGACUUCAUAUUUUCAUUUUUCAAAUUGGUUAGUUACAUUUGAACCUUCCGAUAACAUAGAACAUUUCAUGAAAAGGUUUCUAGAUGGAAAAGUGAUGGGAAGCCUUUGGUUUGAUCACAUCAGAGGCUGGUAUGAACACAGACAUGACUUCAAUAUUUUGUUCAUGAUGUAUGAGGAGAUGAAGAAGGAUCUCAGAAGUUCUGUGCUUAAAAUCAGCAGUUUUCUUGAAAAAGAACUGAGUGAAGAGGAUUUGGAUGUUGUUGUGAACCAGGCUACAUUUCAGAACAUGAAACUUGAUCCACAAGCGAAUUACGAUUAUAUUCUAGAAGCUGAAAACUGGACAAGAACAAAAGAAGGAGAUUUCCUGCGCAAAGGUACCAUCGGAGACUGGAAACAUCACUUGACUGUGGAGCAAAAUGAAAGAUUUGACAGAAUAUUCCAAAUGAAGAUGAAAGAUUUUCCCUUGAAGUUCAUCUGGGAUAUAAAUGAGGAGUAGAAUCAGUGUAAAACAAUCACAUAAAACAUCUACUAGCCAGAAAGCAUAUUUUAAAUAUACAUACUAAUUUGUGCUGCUCACAUAAACGUUAAUUAUAUGACUUUAUUAAUAAGCAAAAUGAGUAAGCUGUACUUACAUUAGUUGCCAUGAGUUUGAUGGACAUUUUGAACAUUUUAAAUUAAAAUGAUUUGAGUAAUAUUCGGCAUUGGUAGCCAAUAUGACAAAAGGAAAAAUAGCAUGCACAAUGAAUUCUGCAUGUCUUUUGAUUUGAGAUUGAGAUUUCUCAAAUGAUUGAGAUUUCUGUUGAGUGUAUUUUUUUCGUUAUCUAUAAUUACAUUUAGAAUUAAUCAACAUUAAAAGUCCUUUAUUUCUUCUAAUUAAACAUUAAUUCUUUGGUUUAAAAUCAGUAUGAGUGUUGAAAUAAAGAAAACACAUGUAAACACAUGCAUCUGUGAAUAAUUUAUGAGAUCACAAAAUCUGCACUAAAGGGCUUCCCUGGUGGCGCAGUGGUUGAGAAUCUGCCUGCCAAUGCAGGGGACGCGGGUUCGAGCCCUGGUCUGGGAAGAUCCCACAUGCCGCGGAGCAACUGGGCCCAUGAGACACAAUUGCUGAGCCUGCACGUCUGGAGCCUGUGCUCCGCAACAACAGAGGCCGCGAUAGUGAGAGGCCUGCGCACCGUGAUGAAGAGUGGCCCCCGCUUGCCACAACUAGAGAAAGCCCACGCACAGAAACGAAGAUCCAACACAGCCAUAAAUAAAUAAAUAAAUACAUUAAAAAAAAGAAAAUCUGCACUAAAGAUCGAAGUUUCAAAGGUGGAUUACUUCAUGUAAUGGUGCAAUUAUUUAACUAUUUGGAUUAAAAAUAGAUGUAUUCAUAACAUAUCACUCAAUAAACUAAUUCAAAGUGUAUUUAAUAGUUAAAUAUUUAAGACAAAAUCAUUUUGAAGAGCUAGAAAAAUAUAGCUGAAUGAGUUUUUAAUUCCCAAAUGGAGAAAAACUUGUGAAGCAUAAAUACAUUGGAAGAGGAAACACCUAUUGAAAAAAUACUGGGUACCCGUCGCCUGAAGCUCCUGGAGAAUUUUGUGUUCCACGGUCUCCGAAGAAAAACUGGGCAGGUAUUCAUCUGCUAAUUGCCAAGUUUUCGAGGUAGUGGAAAACAAGGGUUGGGACAUGGAGAGCCACUUGCAGGAGAUCCGGGAGCGGCAGAAGUUACCGCGACAGCUUCUCGCGCAGCAGUUGGGAGCUGAAAGUGCUGCCAGUAUUGAUGUUGUGUUAAAUAGCAAAGACGAGCAGAGAGAAAUUGCUGAAACAAGAGAAACUUGCAGGGCUUCCUAUGAUACUUCUGCUCCAAGUGCAAAACGUUAAGUAUCAGGAUGAAGGAGAGACAGAUGAAGACAAAAUGGAAGAAUAUAAGGAUGAAUUAGAAAUGCAACAGGAGGGGCUUCCCAGGUGGUGCAGUGGUUGAGAGUUCCCCUGCCGAUGCAGGGGACACAGGUUCGUACCCCGGUCCUGGAAGAUCCCACAUACUGCGGAGCGGCUAGGCCUGCGAGCCAUGGCCGCUGAGCCUGCGCGUCCGGAGCCUGUGCCCCGCAACAGGAGAGGCCACAACAGCGAGAGGCCCGCGUACCGCAAAAAAAAAAAAAAAAAAAAGAAGAAAUGCAACAGGAGGAAGA